CCGAGACAGUCAGAGAAUAAGAUAAUAAACGCCCACGGAAGUAGAAAGCUCACGGAUAAAGCAUCUAGAGUAUCCACGAAAUUGUUUACGUAUCUAUAUUCUAUCUUAAUCUUCGAAUCAUCGAUCCAUUGGCUUACAUCGACCUGAGGCGUCUGUAAGCGAAUGUCGACACACUUUUUAAUCCUAUACGGGGAGCAUUUUGAAAUUAUCUAAAGAAAUGGGGUGGAUACACAACGCUCCAAAUGACACUGCUACUAAUGGACCGACGACUGUGGCCGUCGCAAGCGUUCUAUCGGGAAUUUCUUUUUGCUUUAUAUGCCUUAGAGGCUAUGUUCGAGGUCGGCUUAUCCAUGCCUUGGGAAUAGAUGACUGGAUUAUCUUCAUAACUUGGCUUCUAACGUGCGGUUUCACCGUGGUCACAGCAAUCCAAACAACAUGGGGCUUAGGGACGAAAUAUGUCGACGAUAUACCUACCCAAAAUAUAUACCCCUUCGGACAAUUGGAACUUGCAGGCUUUUCUUUAUAUACUCUUAGCAUCCUCGGGUUUAAGCUAAGCCUACUAGUAUCUUACUUUCGAUUUGUCCCUCAGGGGAUGUGCAAAUAUGGCAUCACCUGCGUAUUAGUUUCUUGCACGCUAUUCCACCUAUCGUGUUUGAUAGUUCAACUCAACCAAUGUUACCCGAUCGCAAAGAAGUGGGAUCCAACUAUCCCAGGGAUAUGUAUUAACCAGAUUCCUUACUACAUGGCUUCCUCGUCAUUAGCUAUCGUUUUCGAUUUCGCUGUCAUGCUUCUUCCAUUCCCAGUACUCAUUAAAACGAAGAUCCAAACACGAAAGAAGGUCAUAUUACUGGGCCUUUUCGCCCUUGGUUUCUUUAUUACCGGAAUCCAGAUCAUCAGAAUCCAAUUUUUGAAAACCCUCAGCAACCCUCUUAAUUCUGGACCUGUCGUACUAUGGUCGAUAAUCGAAGCAAACUUAGGUGUAAUAAUUGCAUGUAUACCGGUCCUUUCGCCUCUUUUCAAGCAGAGCCGUAACAACUAUAACAAGGGCACAUCUGAGUCGACAUGGGGGAAUACUACAACACCGAAUAUUACAACACACUCUUGUGGUGUUGCCAGGAAUCACAUCUUCGAGGACGAUUUAUUCGAUACCGAGAAAGACAAUAAUAAACGUCUAACGAAGACCGAUAGUCGAGAGCCUAUUAAUAUAGUGAACGGACGUAUACUUAGGGAAACAGAUAUUGUCGUUGUCAACCAACUAGCUCCCGCUCACCUGGCACCUCUACAUGAUACGGAGCUAGGGGGACCACUGAAGGCUAAUUAUGAAUGCUGGGCAACGAGCACUAGAAUGACAAUUCACGACAGAUUUUUGAGUCAUAGCCUCGACCGCAUUUAGGGUUGCUUAUAAGGGCUAACUAAUAUGAUGGUCUAUUGCGUAUCUUGUUUGAUUAAUUGAUGGAAGGGAUUGGGGUAUGGUAACUAGAGCCUGGAUACAUAGUAAUAAUAAUUUGAUAUUUCCGCG